UCGUCUCUGUCGCUCCGUGGGGGCUGCGCUCUAGCCCUCUCAGUCUUAGCUCGGCGCGCAUUGGCUGGCUCUUUCUCCGAGAGUUGGAGAGCGCGUUGAGUCGGGUUCAUUCGUGCUGGCUCGUGCAGCCAGAGAGCAGUAUAGUAGUGCGUUUAUUUAACGAGGACGGGGACGUAGUGUGUGCAGCUUUCCUCCUAAUUUCGUCGCGUUUCGUUCUUGUACAUAGUAGACGUAUAUUAUCAGGCUUUGGUUUCUUCUUCUCGUCCCCCUCGGAGUCUAAAAAUAAUUUCAUCACCUUGGAAUCAAAGGUUUCAACAAACAAUUUGUUCUCUCCUCAACAAUCAAAGUGGAACGUAUCAUCCUGCAUUGCAUAAAAUAUAGCACAUUAGCACUGCAUUAUUCAGUAAACUUAGGGAAGGCUGUACAGGUGCUUGAGAGCUCUAUGUGCUCCAAAUCGAUUCAGCUUGAAGAUAAAACCAUUUUAAAAAGAGCUAUCUUAGGAUAUUCCAAUCACAAGAAUUUGUUAAAACGCAAGCUUGCCAGACAACACGGGCAACAUGCGCAACGAGAUUACAGCAGCGGUGCUGUUCUUAGUGCAGCUGAUAGAAAAAAGCGAAAAAUUUAGUCCUGAUCAGCUAGACUGCUUUCAACAACGACUGGUAGAAUUACUGAUGGAACGCUUCAAGAAUCAUUGGUUCCCUGACAAACCUUUUAAAGGUCAAGGAUAUCGUUGUAUACGUGUUAAUGGACAUAAUCGAAGAGAUGCUACAAUAGAAAGAGCUGCAAAUGCUGCAGGGGUUCGAUAUGAAGAUCUAUCACUGCCAGUUGAGUUAACAUUAUGGGUUGAUCCUAAGGAAGUUUGCUGCCGAUUCGGAGAAAGUAAAGGCUCAUAUUGUACAUUAGCUUCAUUUGAUGAUAAAGAAAACAAAGUCCCUCUUAUAAUGCAACGCAUUGAAAAGAUAGAAAAAGAUGAAAAACAGGUGAACAACGAGAAACCUGCUUCAACUCCUGUGACUGUUACUCCACAACAAAAAUCUAAGCCACUGGGUUCAGCUAAUCAAAAUCUAUCAAAUUCAAAUAACACUAACAAUAAUAACAGCAACAAUAGCAGCAAUUCCAACAAUAACAGUAGCAGCAACAAUAACAACAACAGCAGCAGCAGUAGCAACAAUAAUAACAGUAAUGGACCCAACAAUAAGCGGCGCAACUUGAACAGCCCAAGGCUGCAUUUGAACCGAAAUCGUUGGUUCAACCAUUCAUUCAUGGGCUAUGGCCCACACCCGAUGAGUCAGCCCUGGUACAACGUGAUGCCGCCUCACUUUCUUGGCGGUCCCUCGCCGCCCCCUUUCAUUGGUCACAGAGCCAGCAAGUGGAUUCACUCGUCCUCAUAUCCGACCGGGCCCUCGCGUUUCCAUCACUGGUCUCCUAAGGCAACUCUCAAAGUGUAAACGAAAUACAUAACGCAUUAAUCGCCUACUACAAUCUAAUCUACUACUAUUACGUCGCACGUCACCUGGAUAGAGGUAAACGGUAAAGCUUUACUAAUUGUUAAUUACUACAUUUUUAUAUUAUAUUGAUGAUUAGAAAGAACAGUAGCAAAAUACUGACUGUCCCUCAAUCAUACAGUAACUAUAUUAUGUUUUAAGACAUAGGCACUACAGAUCAUUUUAUUUUAUUUGUGUAUUGCACAAUUACUUACAUACACAAUCAGUACAUAUUUCAAUAAUGAAAUAAUUUACUUUGUUAAACUCAUGAAAUAUUUUAAUAUUUUACAUUAUUAAGUAUAUUAAUGCAAUUGUUGGUUUUUGGUACUAACAUACGCCACUUAGAAUUUCUUUUUUUUUUCAAUGAAUCCAAAAACAUUUUCAUUAACACGUUCUAUCCAGGGCACGUCGAAAUCUGUUUCUUAAUUUUCUAAGAGGUAAAGGAAAAAUACGAGUAUAUAUGAUUAUUAAAAUUGACUGAUUUGCGGAAGCAACCUCCAUUCAAAACGAAUUCGAAACGAAAACGACUUUCGUUCUUGAUGUCAAAAUGCGAAUACAGAUUGUAUCAAAUUUUAAUUAUUAGUUUAUUUUCAAAGAAAUAAUUACUAAAUAACUUGGUACAUUAUCCAAGUUGAUUUUUGAAAUGUUAACAAAGUCAAAUUACAUUUCAACCAUAUGAACGUUAUUUUUUACAUAUACGAAUUAUGUAUCUUUUAGUUAUUUUUGUCAUUCAGUAAAAGUUGGCAGAAAUAUCAAUGUUGUCGUCCAAAUUGAAUAAUCUUAUAAUUGUUUUUCUUCUUUUUUAGAGAAAUCUUUUUCAUAUAAAAUAUGUUGAUAAAAUUUUUAAAUUUUACUCUUCAAAGGGUUAGAUGAUUUAUGUUAAAUAUUGAUAAGAUAGGUUUAUGGUGAUUUUUUUUAAAUGUCAAAUUCGUUCCAGUAUAUAUAAAUUUUUUUAUAUUUUUGUCAUCAGUUAUGUUUUACAUACACCAAGAGAAAAUUGGAUAAUGUAUAUUAAUUUAAUCGUGUAAAGAUCAAUAAUUAUUUUAAAAAUAAGAAUGUAAAUAUCCUCAUUUUGAUUAUGAUGAAACAGAGGUUUAAAAAAAAUUACUAUAGCUCUAACUUAAAUUAAAAAAUAAUAAUAACAACAGAUAAAACGUUAUUAUUAAAUAUACUAAGAUAAGUUUUUUGUUCUGAUAAUACAAAAUUUCUUACGUAUAGAUUAUACAAAAAUUUGUAAUUACAUUUACGUAUUGUGUCUGUUAUCUUAUAUUGUUAAAGAAUACUGUGUCAUAACUCUUGACCCUUUAAGACUACUUAAAUUAGAAAACAGAUUUCUCUACUUUUAUAUUGAAUGGCAACGAAGUCAAAUGAUCAAUUACGUAUAGGAAAUCCAUGCUCGAGUUGCAAUCGAGGCUUGCAUUUCUUAAUUCUCAUACAUAAUUAAGAAUGUUGUAUUAUUGUACGUUAUAUAUUAUAAAUAUAUAAAUAGUUUGAUGAAACGUGAUGAACUCCGAAUGCAAAGUUGCUUUAGAAGCAAUUUAUUAGUGAAAUUUGUACAGAGUUUAUUGUGAAACGCUUAUGCUGGAUAAAGUAUCCUACAGUAUAGUAAGGCUUCGAAAGUGUUUUAGUCAAUUGCGAAUAGAGGCAGUAUUGAUUGUUAAAAAAAAAAUAAAAUAUGUAUCAAGAUUUAUUCAAACAUUUACCUGACUGCGUGCGAGAUAUGGUACAACGAUGUGCAAUUAAAAAACGUGGACUGCAACUCCAAAAAAUGUACAAAACGAUAUGAUACAUGUUUAAUGGAUUCUAAAAAUCGUGAUAACUGAUUUUUUGAGUUCUGUUACAGAAAAAUGAAGAAUUAACUUCAACAAUACGAAAUAGUUCGUUGCAAUCAAAUCUUAAGUUGUUAAAAAGUUCAAAGUUUAUCAUCAUUGAGAGUAUAAUAUUAUAAACUUUAAUUUCAAAUGGCCUAUCUUGCCGUUAUGUUUAAGACUGCUAUUGGCUGAUCUUAGAUCUCAUGAUAAAGCAACGAGUCGAAUAUCGUAUUUUGUCUAAUCACUGAUAAUAUAAACGAGAAAAGAUACAAAAAAUAAGAAUGAAACAUAUUUUUAUUUUCCCAUAAGUUUUCACAUCACUGGCUCACGAUUCUUAUACUUUCAAGCAUAGGAAGUAUAUUAAUUGCACUAUUUACGAAAGAAAAGGGAAACUAACACUUGUCGUCGCGAUUGAGAAUUAUAUAAUAAGUUUUACAAUGAUAAAUGUAGACGAUAAACUUGGCGUAAUUACAAUCAAAAAAUCAAAGUGUAUAUCUGACUGGCCGUUAUACAAUGAUUACUUCUAUAUUGUGUUAUUUUUGUUAUUCAUUACAAGUCUUAAUUUUGAAAUGACUAAAGAAAAGUAUGCAGGGCUACGUUAUAUCUUUACACAAUGUAAUAUAUUGUUAAUUUUAAACACCGUUUUCCCACUGCCAUUAUGCAUAUUGACAAAAUAAAGUGUAAAUAAUCGAAUGGCGCGAAGCGAAGCAAAAGAAGUUACAAAAGACGGGAGAAACGGCGUGUAAAUCUCGAACGUGAUUACGCGAAGCGUUAAAAAAGCGAUAAUAUUACACGAUUUCAUAAUUUUGUAAAUUUUUUACAUUUAAAACAAAUCGGACACCUAUUUAUAUAGCGAACAGGCAAAAAAGGCGAUAUGAUAUCGAAACAACCAAACAUUUGCGAAUGGUUUCGUUGAAUCAAACUGACGAUUAUGAAAUUUCGCAUAAUAACUGUAAGAGUAAUACUAAUAAUAGAAAUAAUAUAACUGUCGUAAUAAUAGUUAUAAUACCACGUAUAACAAUUAUAAUAGUUAAGUUAGAAGAUAUUUAUCGUCAAGACUUCUAAAAAUAAGUUUGACUCAACGAACUCGAUUAUGCAGAUAUUGAAUAGUGUUCAGCAAUAGCUUUCUAGCACAUAAAAGAAAUCACCUAUACCAAUGUGCGAUUUUACAAUUAUAUAUAAUAAAACGUCAGCGGCAAGCGGUAUUUGAAUCUUGUACCAUCUCUCUUAGCUUUGAGAUGUUAAUUUAUAUGUAUAUGUAUAUUAAUAGGCGAAUCUUAAAGAUAGUCUAUAGUCAAGUGUCAAAAAUCUUUAGUUUUUAGACAAUUUUUAUAGUUUUCAUGGCUUUUUAACGAUCAUGAACUACUUUUUUUACGCGAAUCUUAUCUAUUUUUAUAACAAAAGCAAAAUCUUUCUUGGUAUAACAAUGGCAUAACUUAAAAUCGUUAUUCGCUUUAAUUUAAAUUAAAUCAAACCGUUUCAUUUUGUAAAUUAUACGAGGUACUUACCCUUUGAAGAGAAAAAAUCAAUCGUUUAGUUUUAAACGAUUCGUAUGUAAUACUAUAAAAAUAGUUUAAUGGUUUUUGAAAAACUAUAAAAACACAUGAAUAUUAUGUGAAAGGUUUAGAUUUUAAGAGUCGAUUAAGAAUAAUGACUUUUGAUUAUAGGCGAAUCUUUUUAAGCGACACAUCACGAGCGCUUGCAAAAGAUGAUUAUUAGGAAAAUACGCAGAGAAUAGUGGUAAAAAAUUUUGCGAGCGCAGAUGCGAGAACGUAAUAGUCUAUAAAGCAAGAUUGCAUUCGGACCCGAUGUCCUUUCAUUCGUAUGCAUUAUAUAUAUAUAUAAAAUGAUACAUGUAUAUUACAUAUGCGCUACAUUGUGUGUUGUUGGUGAAUGCACUGUACUUGCAUCGGUUUGCAUAGUCUGUCGAGAACAGAAAAAUUCAACAUCUUUCACGUGUAAACGUCGCCAGUUGAGUCAAUAAUGGAGCACAAGCAUUUUCUUCUCUUUCCUAUAAUCAAUUGUGAGUCCGCUCUGUCCCGGUAAUCGAGUGCAAGUUGUAAAUGGCAAUUUAAACUUGAAAUCAACGAUCGUUAAUUAGUUAGUGGAACCUAGUUAAUGUAAAGAGUGGAUAUGAAUUGCUAGUUACACUUGUACUUGAUCAUAUCAAGUAGUUGUAUUUGCUCACAAAAAAGUUGAGCUUGUGUCAGAUAAAAUAAUACGUUUCGUUUGUAAUCUUCGUGUUUAAUGAUAAAAUUGAAAGCUUGAAUUUUUUCACCUGAUUCGUAAAGACGUAUGUAUACGCAUUUGUUAAUUAACUAUACUAUACUAUAUUAAGAUACAAACGAGAAUUUUUUGCGGAAUAAAAUGCUAUAUGUAAAAAUGACUGACUCUGGUGCGGUCGGAACAAGUUCACUCACACGAGCUUUCAUCAGUCGAAUUGUUUUUCUGCCACUUUAUGCGAGAAAAUCAAGUCACGCUUAGCUUAGAUUCAAUUUUUAUCGCGUAGUAGUUAAUAAAUAACAAAUUACUACAUACAGAGGUGUUCAGCUAUUAGUUGGGAUUUAUGGUACUCGGAAGCCUGUUCUUUCCUUAUUAAUCUUACAAUUCUUAAUAUCUUUUUUUUUUGCCAAUAUUCUAAUGGGAUUAUAGUGUAUGUACGUUUUACAGACACAUAUGUAGUCAUACAAGGUAGUGCAAUUAAAGAUUUUAACACUGUUGUUAUAAAGCGUUUAAUGUCACAUUGAAAGUAUAAAUUACCUUUCGCAAAUUUCUUUGUUGCAUAUAUGGGUACGUAGAUCUGGUAUAAGAGAAAUUUAUGUAUACUUUGUAUGAAAAUUAAUUCAUUGUGUAUUUUUAUAAAAGACUAUGCAUCGGAGUACUAAUGUAACACGUGUAUAUUAUUAAUGUUGGAUAGCCACUAUGAAUUAUGUAAAACUGCUAAACUCUGGAAGUAGAACUUGGACACAAUUUUAUUAAAUUUAUAUAGCUUAUUUGAUACGCAUCUCGACGAUAUGUCGUACCAUUUUCGGGAUGUUUAUAUUUUUUCGUUGAGCCGAGAAUUUGCAAUCACUUCUGAAUUCGGAGAAAAAAUAUGUGCAUGUUUGCAUUUGCAUAUCACUCCCAUAAAAUUCGAAUGUGUUACUACUAUAUUUACCGUUAUUAUUGUUAUAAUUAUUUGAAUGUCAAUAACAUUUUGUAUCUAUUUAGAUAUCUAUCACCUCAUACAAA